AUGCUGCAAGAAGUGUGCCUGGAAUCACUUCCUAAUGCCAUCAGCAAUCAGCAAGGAAGAUCUGGUAGGCAGGCGGUGCGUCGGGCCCCUUUGCCAAGCAAUGAAAGAAGCGAAGCUCAGUGCUUUUUUAAGCACUACCUGAGUGUUGAAGAGAGGGACUUUUUAGCAGUAAAUACUGCUACGUGUGGUUCAGGGGGUGAUACAGCAGCUUUGGAAGCGCGGUGGCAUUUCAGCAUUGAGGCUGAUGCUCAGGGCCGUUUGUCUGCCGCAGCCCUGGGUGAGAUAACACUGCCAAACCAUCAGAGCUGUGUAACACUGCAAUGGCCGCUCCGCCAAUUACAUUCCAUUUUUAUGGUCUCACAGCAAUUACCCUGCGUUUUAUGGUGCCGUAACGUAUUAGGCUUUAUGGCUUCAUACCCGCUGCAGCACGGAGCCUCUGCAUGGGGAGCAGGGAGCACCAGAAGCCUCCUGAGUCCCAGGGAUGUGGCCCCACUUGGAGGAAGAAGCCCUCAGCGUGUCCCUGAGGGUUUAUAUUCCAAAAAUGGAAAUGAGGAGCUGAAUGGAUUCAUUGCUGGCAGUGUGCGGGGCAGGGUAAACAACACAGAAGCAGCUCCAGGGUGGUCCGAACGCAUCAGGCACCCUCAGAGGCCCUUCUUCUUCCCAUAGCCAAGGGUGUCUGCGCCCCCCAAUUGCUCAGCUACCUCCUGCCCCAUUUCCAGGCUGGCAUCAGGCAGCUCUGCCCCUAUGACCCCCUGUAGCUCCUCUGUGGUUGUCACGACACCCCCCUCCAACCUCUGUUUCUACUUCCUUGUUUUGGAGAUUUCUCUCUGCUGCAUCCCGCAGAGCAAAUCUCAGCCUGCAGAAGAGCUCGCGAAAACAAUAAAUUACAACUAAAACAGUGGAGAUCCUGUGAAAAAAGACGUGCAGGAAAGACCGCAGAGAGAAGUGGCUGAGGUUACUGCUAAUGAGAGCUCUGCCAAUCCAAAGCCUGAUCCGCUGGAAUCAGUGAAAAGGCUGACCUCAUCUAGAGAAACAGGAAAGGAGCUGAAGACUCUUAGUAAAACUCUAGCUCACUUGAGGCAUCAUAUAAGUAUUGUGAAGCAGGGUGGAGAAUAUUUUCAUAUCCUUCACCAAGAGUCACUGGAGCAGAAGAAAGCAUUGAAAGCAGAAAAGUCUCAGGUGACAAGAUGGAGAACUGACUUCCAGCCAUGCAAAUAUUCUUCUGAGGUAGAGAUGUCAGAUGAAGAAAUGAACACUUCCUCUCCAAUAGAAGGCAGCCACCCGAAAAAAUCAGGGAAGAAGAAAAAAAAGAUGACCUUACGGUCCUAUGCUCCCAUUUAUAGCAGUGUCCUGAUUCCAAGACCCUCUGAAGCACGAAGUGAAUGUUUUUUCCGCCAGCUGUGUGCCAUACAUUGGCUUUUGGAAGCUCUGACUCUUGAAUCCAGCAGUUCAAUGCAUUCUAUAUUAUCCUGCUGGAAUCUAACGGACCCUGGUGGCUUUAAAAAAUCAGUGAAGGAAAUCGAAGAGGAAAAGUUUGCAACAUACAUGUGGGAGCUCUUUGUUACGAACACAAAGAAAUACAUGCGGAAAGCGCGGCGCAUCCCGUUCAGGAGGCAGACAAACAAGGCAGCUGCUCCAGCCAGCUCUCAGCUUAGCAGUCAGUCAUCUCACGGUCAGACCCCUCUCAGCAGUGUAAAUUCUCUUGUGCUUUGCUCUGAAGACAUCAACCUGAGCGGAGCUUUGGCCAGUGCUAAGAGUGUGUCAAUGCAAACUAAAGAACAACAAUUUUCCCCCUCCCCACAGAAGCAGAUCCAGAGAACACACGUGAAGGCAUCAAAAAGUGUCCAUGAACAAGCAGACACCCUUAAGAAGACUGGACUUCAGAGCUGCCAUAUCAGCCACUUCAUUAAAAGCAAAUCUAACCUGUGUGCUGUUGCAAGACACCAGUUCAUGGCAAUACGUGAAGAAGCAGCUCAUUGUUUGCAUGAUGCUCUGGAGAGCCUUGAGAGGAGCCAGGAAGAGCGAUGCUGUAAAAAAUACCUGGCUUUGAAACGACUGAAGUACUUUAAAAAGGACAUGGAAAGAAUAAGACAGCUGGACGUGAGAGCUGAAAGGGAACGUGAUGAAAAUGGGCUUAAAUGGUUUCCUGCAUUGCUGGCCAGGCUGCCGGAGCCUGUGAAGAAUGACCAUUAUGUCAAGAAAAUCUUAAGGAAACUGGAAAAAUUCGGCCUGGCUCCUGAUUUACACAUUGAUCAGGACACCUUCCUGAAGGCUGUGGCUGAUCUCCAGCUGUGGGAGCUGUGCUCUCCUGACAUCGCUGCUGCUGUGGAGUUUGUACGUGAAAGUAUUGUACAGAUGCCCGAAGAGGAUUUCAUUGAGUGGUUCCAGGCAAGAGUAGACCCUCUCCAUGCACAAUCCUCUGCCUUUUAAUCAGGUGGACAGCCGAGAUGGUUUUCCAUGCAGUUACAAUUGUCAUGCUUCAAGCAGAAAACUCCCUCCCGUUGAGAUUUGCAUCAUGGAAGACUGGGGAAGGAGAAUAACCUUCAGGAAGUCCCAUUGACCACCCUUGCACAUCUGAAAUUUGCCCCUGCACAGUGCUCUGCUGGCUGUGGUCAGCCACAGAGAAUAAAAGCUAAAUGACUUCUUCCUGUGUGAUGUCUUGGACUCGCCAUCAAACUUCAGUCUCUCCUAACCAUUUAGAAUCAUGGAAUCAUCAAGGUUGGAAAAGAUCUCCAAGAUCAUCCAGUCCAACCGUCCC